AUGUCAUCAUCACGAGCGCCCCUUAUGGAGACUUCGGACAACAACGCGACUUCCUCUCCCGCGCCGCGCCGGUCGGGACGCGCCAGGGCUGCCCCCCAGAAAUUCAGCCCAGAACCGCACUCCUCUCAGAACGACCACUCGUCGUCAAAACGCAAGCGAGAUCUUGACAACGACGACGAAGAGGACGCCGAGAAUGAAGAGCCCACUGUCGACCCUGCAGAGGAAGAACCAGAACAGAUGAGCCACGAGUUGAGCGAUGACGACGCCGACGCCUACGCCGACGCCAACGAUGCUGACGACGAACCUGCGCCGCGAACCAAUAAAUCCAGAUCAAGCCAGAAGUCGCGUUCCAGAAAGCCAGCAGCCAAGCGGACCAAGGUCAAUGGCAACGCGCCAACAAUUACCGCCGCGUCUGCUUCAAGUGCGCCGGCCUUGAAGCUGCCAAACAGACCCAAGAAAACCGUUAGACUGGCUGUCGCAAGACGCGACGGCGACGGCGACGAUCUUUACUCCGAGGUGUUUGGCUCCGGCGAUUCCUCUGAUGAUGUCGCCUCACAUUGGUUUCGGCGAUACCAGACCGACGAUGCGAAGGCCUUGACUGAGCUCAUCAACUGCGUUCUUUUUGCGGCUGGGUGCGGACAACACCUUACAAAUGAUGAUAUACGAGAUCCGGAGAACUCGGCAAACAAGCUCACAGAGCUGGAAGAGGCCUAUGAGCAGACUAGUGUUUCCGACUAUCCUCUCAUCUCAAGAGCCAAGGGCAGCAAGAACUUCCGCGAGCUCCUUGUCGGAUUCUUCGACUCCCUUGUCAGUUUACUGCACCAGACCGAUGUCCUAUACAACGACGAAGAGCUUCUCGAUAAUGUCCAACGAUGGGUCGGCAUCAUGUCUUCUUCGUCGUUAAGGCCCUUCCGUCAUACAGCAACGACCGUCGGGCUGUCCAUGCUCACCUCGUUGAUAGAAGUGACGAAGCUGCUCGACGAGCGAAUCACCAAAUCAAAUCAGGCGCUCCAGGCCGAAUCCAACCGCAGAGGCAAGAACAAGAACCUCGUCGACAACACACGAAGGGCGCUUGAGGUUGCACAGGGGAAUCGAGAUUUCAUCGACGGCAAAGUCAAGGACUUGUUCGACAUCGUCUUCGUUCACCGAUACCGUGACAUCGACCCAAAGAUUCGCGCCGAGUGUGUUGAGGCCCUCGGCACCUGGGUCUGCACCCUGCCAACCGUGUACAUGUCACCCGAGUACCUACGAUAUCUUGGAUGGCUGCUAUCUGAUGUCAACGUCGCUACGCGUCAAGAGGUUCUGAAGCAACUAGCAAGAGUUCUGAAACGAGAUGCAGAGAAGUUGGCUCAUUUCAUUGACCGAUUUCGGCCUCGCCUCGUUGAAAUGGCCACUAAGGACUCCGAGAUCACUGUACGCGUCGCGGCGAUUGCAGUCGUAGACAUUCUUCGAGCCUCUGGUAUGUUGGAGCCCGAAGAGGUCGAUUCCGUCAGCAAACUACUAUUUGAUUCGGAGAUCAGGGUCCGCAAGGCAGUCGUGAGUUUUUUCUCUGAGCUGGUACAAGAGUUCAUUGACAACAAGGUGGACGAAGUUGGUGGAAGCGAAGCGCUGGAAGAGGUCUUUGGGGUUGACGAAGAAGAAGAUGACUAUGACACGCCUCGGAAAGACUGGAUCAAUAUCAAAGCUCUGGCAGAGAACUUGGCGGUUUACGAUUCCCAACUGACAGACGAGCAAGACGAGCUGAAGCAUGGUUUGGACGUGGCGGCGGAUGUCGUCAACGCCAACAUACCAGACUCUCGGAUCGCACGGGCAGCUCAAGUCCUUUAUGAGAGGAUACCGGAACUCAACAAUUGGCAGGUUUUAGCCGGCUAUCUUCUAUUCGAUCACACAACCAGCUCAAAGUCCAAAUCGAAGUCGAAGACGAAUUCGAUCGAGGCUGCCAUGCGGAAGGCCGUUGCCCCUGAACCUCGGGAGGAGGCUAUCUUACUUGACGUCCUUGCUACGGCGGUGAAGGAAAGCCUUACUCUAUCGGCGGAGCAUGACAAGAGCAGAAGAAGAAAUGCCAGGGCCGAACUCGAAGCACAGGAAGACGCAGGAAUGCAGUUGGCUAGCCUCAUUCCUCGACUGUUGAAUAAGUUUGCCUCUGAUCCAGCAAUGGCUGCCACCGUACUCCGCCUGGAACACUUCCUAGAUCUAGAGGUGUUCCAACAACUUCGGCAGAACUCGGCGACAUACGAUAAGCUCUUGGACGAGAUCACAACCCAAUUCAAUCGGCAUGUCGAUCAGGGACUUCUUAAUGAGGCGACGGCAUCUUUCAUUCAUGCGAGACAGUACGAAGAGCUAGAGGAACUUGUUGACAACAAAAUCGCUGUGCUCUGGGACAACUCGAUCAACGCAUUACGGAGUCUUGACAAGAUCUGUGAGCUUUCGGUUCGAGGCAAUCUGGAAGACCGAGCGGCGCUCACCGACCUUGCCAAUACCCUCAUGAAAAUCAGCAAGCUAGGGAGUGUCUCUGACUGUGUGGAGAUCCUUGAAACUUCUGGAACGUCUAUCGAUUCUGACCAACCUGCCAUCAAGAUCCUUACCGGUAUCGUACAUCGCGGCCGCCUGGAGGAGCCAAACGACGAGCUCGACGACCCAGAGGAUGAAGUUGUCGCUUUCGCCAUCAAGUGUUGUCAGUUCUACUUCAUGUGGAAAGUACACAGGUUGCGGAACGCCAUCGGAAAUGGUGAAGAGAUACCCAAUGAUGACCUUGAUCAACUGGUCGUAUUGCGCAAAGAGUUCAUCACCAAUUUAAUCCACACAUUCUCGUCGAGGGGCUUUAACGAUGAUUUACGACUCUUUGCCGUCGGAAGUGCUUGCGAUAUAUGCGCAUUAUUCGUCUUCCUGCGACCUGUGAUCGACGCACCUGAUGCCUCAAAGUAUGGGAAGCUACGUCCUCUGCUCGAGCAAAUGCCCCCUGAUCUGACUAUACGGGAGAUAAUACCCAUCUUCGACGCCGCAGAGCGUGCAUAUGCGAAGCGGACGAACAAGACUCUUAACGACCCAACAGACGAUGAAGAUCCGCUGGACGAUGAGCUGCCACCCGAGGACGAUGAAGAUGAAGAUCUGACAGAGCAAGAACAAGUCGCUGCGGAGCUCAAAGCCGAGAAGAUUCUCUGCGAACUCACUGGGAAACUUGUCCUAGCCGUUCUAGCCAAGAUGAUAGAUCACAGCGGUCCCCACGCAGGCAAGCUCCGCAAACGACUCGUACGGAACAAAACGAAGCUCGGGGUUUAUUUCAAGGAGGUCGUGUCUUACCUCGACGAAGACUACCUGCGAGAGCUGCGAGGCGGGAAGAAGAAGGCUCUACCAAGAAGUAGGGCUAAGGAGCCUGCGAAGCCCGCGAUUAGCGCGGAGCUCAUGAUCGAUGAUGAUGACAGCAGCGAGCUGCCAGAGAUUGACGACCCCUUCGAAGACAACGAGCCAGAAGAAGGCACCGUGGAUGAUCUGCGGCAGCGCGAACUGCUCGAAGACCCAAUCGAAGAUGAUGAGGAGGAGCGUCCCGUGGGUAACCAGAUGGAAGAGGACGACGAUGUCAUUGGCGACUAA